AUGAUGAUUGCAAUUGAUCGAACAAGUUGUAAUCCAUUUUCCCCAUUGAAAAAACGAAAUGAAAACAUGAAGGUAUGUCACAUUUUUCAAAAAUAUUUAACAAGUAUUUUGAGUAAAAUAUAUGAGAAUCCUGAAACUUCUGAAAAUGAAGAAGAGCGCGGAAAUUGAAGGGAACACACAGACUAAUUCUACGGCUAUGGAAAGAAACAAUCAGGGCCUAAUCGACCAACUUUCUACUUUCACGGAAGAGCAUGACAAAGGACUUCAACCCUGGAAACUCAAACAAAUGAUAAACUAAUCAGUAAAGCUGGGUAAGCACAAAAACUACGAAAAUUUGAAAACCCUUUUUUGAAUAAAUGAAAAGAAGAAAAGUCGCCACGAAAUAUCCAAAAACUACGGUCACACACAUUUGAGCUGUGUCGCUCAUUUUGUGUAGUUCUCUCGAACGAAAUUUCAUUUUAUUUUCAUUUUUUCCCGUUCUUGACUUGAAUAUCGUUUAUUUCUUCGUUGCAGUUGAUGUUUUGGUCGCCAGUAAAUCUAGCGACCAGGAAACGUGAAGACCGAAGGCCGCUUUAUCGACGAAUCUUCACCAAUCGACGUCUGGACAUCGCUCACAAAAGUAAGACUUUUCGUUGAGAAUUUUGCCAAUGCUUUUUAUUACAGCUGUGGUUAGAUCUAUUCUUGGUUUCCUAGUGUUCAGUACAUCUUAUUGUCUGGUAAACGCCGGGAUUUACUACAAGUAAGUUUUAAAAAAUAUUAAUUUUUGGGUAGAAAACAAGUUUUGAAACCUUUUGUAAAUUUCUUUUCAAAAAGUUUGAAUAAUAUAUGAAGCCAUGACAAAUUGUGUUAUCAAAAAACAUUUAAACUAUUACAUAUAUUUUUCAGAUACGUUAGACCGAUUCGUCAAGAAGAACGAGAAAUAUUAGAACGUGAAUUGAUUGAAGCCGACAAAGCCGGAUUUAUUCUCAGAAAGUGAGUAACUAUAUUUUUACUAGAAAUCAAAUCAAUAAAAAAAUUCAGAUGA